UUGACACGACUUCUGUGACACUUGAGACUUUAACGGAAAUACUACUACUCGGUUUGUUUGACACUUGAUGUGACCGAGAUGCGAGUGUAUCUCAUCUUCCUGACUGUGGUCUCCUGCUUCUCCAACACUGAGACGGCGGAGUGCGAUGGCUCGCCCUCUCCCAGCGCCGUCCCCAACCUCCUCCCAGUGGAGACACGGCCACCCCUCCUGGUCAGGACGAUCAAGAACGCCAAGCUGUUCACUGUAGGGACUGGGGAAGACUCAUACUACAUCCUCCAUGUGUAUGGUACGCCGUACGAGAUGGGGUUUGCUCAGGGCAGCAUCGUCAAGGACGAAGCGACGUCUAUGAUUCAGCAAGUAUGGGAGUACAUGGAGGACCAGAUAGUAGGAGGAUUGAAGAACCUGAAAUUCCUUGACUGGUUCUUGGACGAUGUUGCAACUUUUGGUCUGGACGUUGCCCUUGACCUUGAGUUAUUAGCGACGAAGAAGCACACACCGCAAGCGUUUUUUGACGAGGUCAGGGGGCUGGCUGAUGCCACGGGACAAGACUAUAAGAAAAUUUUGUACAUCCAUUUGAUAGGCGAGCUAACAAAAGGAUCAUGUUCUAUGAUAGGCGCCUGGGGUAACAGUCUUGCCAGGAAUGGAUCGCUCCUCCAGCUUCGCGCCCUGGACUGGGCAGUGGAUGGUCCCUUCAAGGACUUCCCGCAGGUGACCGUGUACCACCCUGUCAACAGCACAUACGGACAGCCCUGGGCCAACUUCGGGUGGACGGGGUGGAUUGGUUCUAUCACAGGAAUGAACUCGGUGAAAAUGGCUAUAUCUGAGAUAGGGGUAUCAUUUCCUGACGCCAGCUUCGGCAAGGAGUCAAGAUUCGGCAUCCCGUUCACUAACAUCUUGCGAGACAUCUUACAGUACGAUACUACACUCAAUGAAGCAGUGCAGAGAAUUACCAAUGCCAAACGGACCUGUGACUUACUUCUUGGGGUCGGAGACGGCAAGAGCCAGACGUUCCGUGGAGUUGAGUACUCUGCCUCCACCGCCAACUUCUACGACGAUGCGACGUUGCAGCCCCUAGCAGUAUGGCACCCUCGGAUCAAGGAUGUCGUGUACUGGGGGAUGGACUGGGCUUGCCCUGGUUACAGUCAGGUCCUGGCCACGCAGAUACAGCGGAACUACGGUCACCUUGACGCCAGCGUCAUCAUCAGAGACGUCGUCAGCAUCGUCCAGACAGGCAACGUGCAGGUAGCAGUGUACGACCUCACCGAGAACAUCGCCUACCUGGCCAACGCUAAGGGUUCCUACGAGAGCGGACCCAAAUACGCAUAUGAGAGACAGUUUGUGAGAAUGAACAUGACCCAGAUAUUUGCAGAGCCAAUUCCAAACUUUUUACCAAAUAGACAUUGUAUAUUCUGUCGAAAAUAAAGAAAUACGCAUGAAA